AAAAUUAACUAGUCAUAAGCCACAUUUCACAAACUUUUAGUAUCCCAGCACUUAGGACAUUGAUACUAAUUGUGUGAAAUCAAAUGGGUAGUGAUCAUGAGUAUGUUGCCCUGCUCCUCUGUUUCAAUCUCCUAAUUUCCUUCACCAUGGUGAGCUCCACCACCUACAAUAUCCCUCAAGUCCCAGUCCCAAUAAUGCCCUCUCCAAAGGGUUCAUGUCCUAUAGAUACACUAAAGUUGGGUGUGUGUGCCAAAGUGUUGAACUUGGUCAAAGUUAAAUUGGGGUCCCCACCAACACUCCCUUGCUGCCACCUCAUUCAAGAUCUUGCUGAUGUUGAAGCUGCUGCUUGCCUUUGCCUUGCGCUCAGGGCUAACAUCCUCGGCACAAACCUUAAUGUUCCUAUUUCCUUGAGCGUCAUCCUCAACGAUUGUGGACGAAACAACAACUCUGCUUCGUUCCAGUGCCCUUGAUGAUUGAAUUCACGUGUUCUCUCUUUCAUCUUUUUUUUUUCUUCUCUUCAUAUAUGUGUUCUAUCGUGGUUAUCUUCUCUUCUCCAUCGUUCUGAUAUUGGAUGGAAGAUUACUCAUCGACUUUUUUUUUUACAUUGGAAAGAUAAAUUGCACCUGCCAGGAAUCGAUAUCUGGACCUUCCCCUACCCAACCCAUAUGUCUCCAGCUCCUACCACUUGAGCUAUCUUACAGGGGCAUUACUCAUCGUCAUUGAUUGUAUAAAAGAGGUAGUAGUAUAUAUGUAUAAAAGAGGCAGUAGUAUAUACCAAUAAAAUUAAUUAUGUGAUUAAGUAUGUGUUUGAAAUAAAUAAAAAAGGUGUGUUUGGAUACAUAUAUAA